AUGGAGGAGGUGGAAGGAAGGGCUCGAGGAGAGCCAAGUACACCAGGCCAUGUAGGUACACCAGGUGCUGUAGGCACACCAGGUGCUGUAGGUACACCAGGCCCUGUAGGUACACCAGGCCAUGUAGGUACACCAGCUGCUGUAGGUACACCAGGCCCUGUAGGCACACCAGGCCCUGUAGGCACACCAGGCCCUGUAGGCACACCAGGCCUUGUAGGCAUACCAGGUUCUGUAGGCACACCAGGCCAUGUAGGCACACCAGGCCCUGUAGGCACACCAGGCCUUGUAGGCAUACCAGGUGCUGUAGGUACACCAGGUGCUGUAGGUACACCAGGUGCUGUAGGCACACCAGGUGCUGUAGGCACACCAGAUGCUGUAGGCACACCAGGUGCUGUAGGCACACCAGGCCCUGUAGGCACACCAGGCCCUGUAGGCACAUCAGGUGCUGUAGGCACACCAGGUGCUGUAGGCACACCAGGCCUUGUAGGUACACCAGGUGCUGUAGGGACACCAGGUGCUGUAGGGACACCAGGCCCUGUAGGUACACCAGGCCUUGUAGGCACACCAGGCCCUGUAGGUACACCAGGCCCUGUAGGUACACCAGGCCCUGUAGGCACACCAGGUGCUGUAGGCACACCAGGCCCUGUAGGCACACCAGGCCAUGUAGGCACACCAAGUGCUGUAGGCACACCAGGUGCUGUAGGUACACCAGGCCCUGUAGGUACACCAGGCCAUGUAGGCACACCAAGUGCUGUAGGCACACCAGGUGCUGUAGGUACACCAGGCCCUGUAGGUACACCAGGCCAUGUAGGUACACCAGCUGCUGUAGGUACACCAGGCCCUGUAGGCACACCAGGCCCUGUAGGCACACCAGGCCCUGUAGGCACACCAGGCCCUGUAGGCACACCAGGCCCUGUAGGCACACCAGGCCUUGUAGGCAUACCAGGUUCUGUAGGCACACCAGGCCCUGUAGGCACACCAGGCCCUGUAGGCACACCAGGCCUUGUAGGCAUACCAGGUGCUGUAGGUACACCAGGUGCUGUAGGUACACCAGGUGCUGUAGGCACACCAGGUGCUGUAGGCACACCAGAUGCUGUAGGCACACCAGGUGCUGUAGGCACACCAGGCCCUGUAGGCACAUCAGGUGCUGUAGGCACACCAGGUGCUGUAGGCACACCAGGCCUUGUAGGUACACCAGGUGCUGUAGGGACACCAGGUUCUGUAGGGACACCAGGCCCUGUAGGUACACCAGGCCUUGUAGGCACACCAGGCCCUGUAGGUACACCAGGCCCUGUAGGUACACCAGGACCUGUAGGCACACCAGGUGCUGUAGGCACACCAGGCCCUGUAGGCACACCAGGCCCUGUAGGCACACCAGGCCCUGUAGGCACACCAGGCCCUGUAGGUACACCAGGUGCUGUAGGCACACCAGGUCCUGUAGGCACACCAGGUGCUGUAGGGACACCAGGGAUUGCCAGGAACCGGCACCAAACAUGGACGAAACGCAAUUGGCCUUUCUGUGACUUGAAGCUAUCUGUGUGGAGAUUUGAGCGUUUAACCCCCCUUCCCACAACAUUUCUGACAGAUGCACGCGGUAUUUCCGGGCACUCUUGUUUCCUUCCACUUUAACUAUAACUAACUUUCACUCUUUUUUUACCAGGUGAGGUCCACUGAGCUACGCAGCUCUUUUCCAGAAGCGACCUGGCCACAAAUGAUAGUUCAAAUCACGUGGCAAUCCGUAGCAGCCAAAUAGAUGGAUACAUGCGAAUUCCAAAAAUACAGGCGUCAGGGUCGGGAUCAAACCCACGAUCUCCUGUAUACCAGGCGAGGUAGUUGGCAUCUCGCCACCGUGGCGCUACCACUGAGAAAGACUGGCCAAACCUCCUGAGUCAGGAUCCUCCUGAAUAUGAGCAUUGAGACUCAGUGAGGCUUCCCUGAGUAGACCAUUAUUUCCACAGUUAAUUUGUUGGGAAAGUAAAAGGCAUACAAACACUAAUAAUAGGGGUUUUUCCCCUUUUUUCUGGCAACAAAACUGAAACCUUUUUACAAGGAUUCAUGUCUGCA